CUGAUUUUUUUUCAAAUUUUAUUAUUUUAUUGACGACACAAAUCAUUUUAAAUACAUUAAUCAUGGACAAAAAUGUUGAUGCCAAAAAUAAAAAGAAUGAUAUUGUUCCAAAAGGUGGGAAAAUCAUCCAAUUUCAACUUCGUGAAUCAUUAUUGACACAAAUGCUUGAAAAUAGUUCUCACAUAUCUACAUUACAUAAUAUUAUCAUGUCGUUUGUAGCAAUAUUUGUGAUAGCAACAAUUGGUGAUUAUAUCCGACAACCAUCCAAAUUUAGUGAUGAAUUUGAAAUGUUCGUAUGGAAUGCUAAUGAUAUUGGACGAUUCAUUCAAAUAUGUAUAAUCAUGCAUCUAUCUGUAAUAUGUUUACAUUAUCCAUUGGUUUUGUUCAACAAUUUUCUUCAAUAUCGAUGGUUGUUAAAUAAUUCGGAGAAAAAUUUGAAUAAUUUAUUUGAUAUGUAUCAAAAACGUCAAUAUUCUGGUCAAAUUCCGCAAGCUUUUUUAUACACAGCAUAUACAAUGAUUUCAUUUUUUGGUAUUUUUCUUUACGGUACUAAUUCAGUAAUAGUUCAUGAUAUCAAAUUAUCCGGAUCGUUUGCGGUUCUAAUGGAAACGGUACGACUUUUAAUGAAAUCACAUUCUUUUUUUAUCGAGAAAAAAGAUCUACAUAUCGAAAAAGAAGAGAUUGCUAAACUAAUUGCCCAACGUCAGUCGAAUAUUGUUAAAUCAUUUUGGUCCCUACCUUCAAGAGCUAGAUUAAGAAAUUUAGCUUAUUAUCUAUUUGCGCCUACUUUGAUUUAUUCGGAUUAUUAUCCAAGAACAGAUAAAAUUCGCUGGUCACGAGUUUUGAAGUUUGGCAUUCAAUUUAUAGUGGCCGCUAUGAUUGGAUUUCUUAUAUUUUGUCGAUUUGUAGUUGCAAACUUUUCUAAAACUGGUAUCGAACCAUUUCCAUUGAAUUUUAAUUUUUUGUAUAAAGUUUUCGCUUCCGGAGCAGCUAUCUAUUUGAUAGGUUUUUAUGGAUUUUUACAUACAUGGCAUAAUUUUACAGCCGAAUUGAUGCGUUUCGGUGAUCGUCAUUAUUAUGAAGAUUUUUGGAAUGUUACAUCAUUGAAAGAUUAUUAUCGUAAAUGGAAUCGAAUUGUACAACUUUGGCUUUAUGUAUACAUAUUCUUACCAAUUAAUUAUCGAUUUCAUAAUCGUAAUUUAGCUAAUAAUUUUGUUGUGCUGAUUUCAGCUAUAAUGCAUGAAUAUAUUCUUGCCGUAACAAUACGUUUUUUCUUUCCAGUAAAUUUUAUAUUUUUUGCUGUUGUUGGUCAAUUGAUAUAUUUCUUAGAAAAUCAUGAUAAGAAUUCAAGUAAACAGCCAAGUAUAAAAAGUAUAUUAUUUCACACCAAUAUGUUUAUUGGUUGGGGUUUAUUAAUUUUAUUUUAUUCAUUGGAAUGGCAUUCAAAAAUUAAUUGUCCGUUACCAGAACAAUCUACGAUGUUGGAAAAAAUGACACCGCGUUUUAUAAAAUGCAUUAAAUUCUGAGAUUUUGAAUGUUUUUGGGGAAAAAUAUAAAAAAUAUUCAUGAAAAUCUUUAUUUUUAAGAAAAAUCAUCUAAUAUUUUAUAUAUAAUUUCGAU